ACGGUAAUUACGAAUUACGACGAGAGCCAGCUUGCGGCAUUGAAGCCUGCCAACCAAACAACACGACAUAUCCAUACACGACCCAUUCGCUCAACUCCGCUCCUACCGCUCUAUCCUCCUUAUUGCCACGCGAUUCACGCCAUCCCUCUACAUCCAUCUUGCGGCGCGCAAUCCGUCCUGCAUCCUGUCAACCUCGUCCAAGCCCGUCACUGGACCAGCAAGCCCGUGGCGCCCAGCCUCGACCUGACCAUGAACCAUCGCCAAACCAGACAGUCAUAGCUAGCGACAACAACAUUGACUUACCACCAACUUGGCCGCCAUGGCCAACGACGACCAGGUCAAGGAUGAAUCGUCCAUCAAGCCUGUGUCGUCGCUUCGCUCGCGCUUUGAGAACAUGACCACCCAGCGACAACCCGUCCAAUCUACGCCUCCGCCCAGCGUACGCAGGUCUCUCGAUCUUCCUCGUCCUCUUGUGCGCGCUGAACCGGCGUCCACCAACCCAACACAAGCGCUGAACAAAGCGAAGCCUCCUCCGCCAAAACCACGUCCUGUCUCGACAGCCUACCCGUUGACUCCUCGUCACUCUCCCCCUACUGUCAGCGUACAAUCUCCCGCCUCCCCACCUAGAGAUCUGAACCUCCGUGUCACAAAUGCGACCCCUUCAAAGUCUCCUCCUACGUCCACUUUGUCAACUCCAGGCUCGACAAAUGCCUCUCCGGCAGGCUCUAUUCGUCACUUUCGCACUCCAAGCCGAGUGACCACUCCUGCGUUAGAGGCUCGUAUGUCGGCUUUCCUGCAUGCCUCAUCAGAAACAUUGCUGGACAGUAAGCCUCAAUCGAACGGCGAUCAAGGACCAAAGAGCCCAAACUUCGGAGGACCUCCGCCUGUCAAUCGUGCUGGGAAACCAAAGCUGGGUAGUUCGGCUUCUGCUAGUGUCGAGAGCCUCGCGCCCUUGAAAUCAAACAGAACUGGAAACAGCCACGUCUCGCCUUUCGGCACGCCUCCAAGCAGUUCUGAAAGUACUCCCCAUGCCGAGCAAGUCGUCCCUUCUGUACCCUUCGACUCGAAACCAAGGAAUCAGUCUACUUCUCACGGUUACUUUGCUGGCGUGGUGGCUCCCCGACUCGCUCCCGUACAAUCUCGAAACCCUUCUCCCAAACCUCUGAGCCGCUCAUACGACUCUUCCUCGUUUCAUCCUUCCCGACUUCAACAAAUACCUCAGAGAGGCCCGAUCGCAGUACAAGAUGGUACCAACGAGGAGGAUGCGCCGACACUGCCGCCUCGUCCCGAGCGCGAGAUGCAUUCUGGACGUACCAGCCCUACACGCUUCAACAACAGGAUACCUGCCCGCCAAUCCCUGGAUAUUCCACGCCGGACGAGUGCCGCUGCCGCUAAUACAGACAGCGCCAUGAUGCCUCCGCCACGUCGUACCCAGCCAGCUCCGCUUCAAACGUCCGCGAGUGCACUAUCACAAGGCUUUGACAGGAGACGUUCGGUCACGCCUGCUGCUACUCCUUCAACUAGCAAACCUCCACCUCCUGCUAUUCCGGCACCUCGUCGUUCAGUUGACACCCGUCGUGAAGACUUCAAAACCGUUCCAUCCACUCCUCUGUUGACGGAUCGGGGCGACGACGUCGAAGAUGCUCCUGUCAAUUAUCCUGGUGGUAACCCUCAAGACUUUCCGGAUGCAUCGCAAGCAAAUAGACGCCCUCCGCGAUUCAAGAGCCGUCCUUGGGAAAUUCACACAGGAUACGACACUCGUACUUUUGCAGUAUGUGGAGACUUGGUGUGCACGACGGGCUACAUUACGCGUGUAUGGAGUCUGCGCACCGGCGAGUCGUCUCUAACCCUGUCCCAUGGCGAUAACGUUAAAGUCACUGCAUUGGCCUUCGCGCCAACAGCCGAUGCGGAGAACGAAGGGCGGCGACUCUGGCUUGGAACGAACAUUGGCGAGAUUCAUGAGGUUGACAUCCCUAGUCAAUCCAUUGUACACACCAAGUCCAAUGCACAUCCGAGACGAGAAAUACUCAGGAUUUUCCGCCACGCUUCAGAGCUAUGGUCUCUAGAUGACGAUGGCAAGCUCAAUGUUUGGUCGCCGGGGUCCGCAGGUAUGCCUAGUCUGGAUACUAUACCCACUACCUUCAGGGCUAUGCGAGGUCAUUCUUGCUCGGUCAUUGUCGGUGGACACCUCUGGCUUGCCGCAGGUAAAGAAAUCAGAGUGUUCAAACCAAGUGCAGCUACAGAAGCUGCUUUCAACGUCUUGCCGAAGCCUUUGUUAGUUGAAGGCGCAGGCGACAUAACUGCUGGUGCUAUCAUACCCAGCAAACCAAGUCUGGUUUACUUCGGUCAUUCUGAUGGCAAAGUUUCUGUCUACCAACACCGCGACUUCAAGUGUGUUGGUGUAUAUAGCAUCAGUCCGUAUAAGAUCAGUUCUCUGGCAGGUGCCGGAGACUAUCUUUGGGCUGGAUAUACUGCCGGCACGAUAUUCGUAUACGACACAUCCGCCACGCCCUGGCGAGUCAUGAAAGACUGGGUCGCACACGACAAUCCCAUCUGCAGUAUCCUCACAGACACACAAAGUAUAUGGAAGAUGGACAAUCGCUUGCAAGUCGUGAGUCUCGGCCUUGAUAAUACCAUCAGGCUAUGGGAUGGCAUGCUACGCGAGGACUGGCUGGAGACCAAGAUGCAACAGAGCGAUAAUGAAUUCUGCUCCUUCGAGGAAAUCACUGCCGGAGUGCUUACAUGGAAUGCUGGCGCCGUGAAGCCUAAUCACCUCAAGGGUAGUGAGAAAGAUGCUGCCUUCUUUAGGGACUAUUUUUCCUCGAACGCUCCUCCAGACAUCCUCAUUUUCGGUUUCCAGGAACUGGUAGAUCUGGAGAACAAGAAAGUCACAGCUAAGAGCUUUUUCAAGAGCAGGAAGAAGGAUCCUACAGAGCAAGAGCACAUGUCGCAUCAAUACAGAGCCUGGCGAGAUCAUCUCACUAGAUGCAUUGAAGAUUACAUGCCGGCCACACAGGGUUACACUCUGUUACACACGUCUAGCAUGGUUGGUCUCUUCAGCUGCGUCUUCGUCAAGACAUUUAUUCGAGGUCGCAUCAAGCAAGUGCAUACCGCAGAAGUGAAGCGUGGCAUGGGCGGUCUGCAUGGAAACAAGGGAGCUUUGAUCAUCCGCAUGAUUCUGGACGACAGUUCGUUGUGUCUUGUGAAUUGCCAUCUUGCUGCCGGUCAGACGCAAACACUCCACCGUAAUAAUGACAUUGCCGCAAUUCUCGAAGCAGAAUGCCUUCCGGUUGCCGCUGUUAGCAACACGGCUGGCACUUUUGUUGGCGGUGGUGAUGGCAGCAUGAUCUUGGACCACGAGAUCUGUGUCUUGAAUGGAGAUCUCAACUAUCGCAUUGAUGCGAUGCCGCGUGAUACGGUCGUGCGCGCUGUUAACGACAGGAACUUGGCGAAACUGCUUGAACGUGAUCAACUUCUACUGUCACGCAGAAAGAACCCAGCGUUUAGACUACGCGUGUUCCAGGAAAUGCCCAUCACAUUUGCGCCGACGUAUAAAUACAACGUGGGUACCGAUGACUAUGACACGAGCGAGAAGAAGCGAGCGCCCGCAUGGUGCGACAGGGUACUCUACCGAGGCAUGGGCAGGGUGAAAUGCGAGGAUUACAGACGAUGGGAGGUCAGAGUCAGCGAUCAUAGGCCAGUGAGCGCACGAUUGAAGAUCCGCAUCAAGAAGGUCGAUGACCAAAGGCGGGUCGCGGCAUGGAGUCGGCGGGAGAAGGAAUUCGAAAAGUACAGUGAACGGAUCGCAGGCGAGGCCAAGUAAGUCGUUCAUUGUAAUUGAUGUCGCGUGUGCACUUGAAACUGACGUUCUUGACAGGCUGGACUACCUGACGAACAUCCUAGGGCUCCCACGAAAAGAAGCAUUGAAUCUAUUGAAAGGAUGAUCGAUCG